AUGGCCGCAACAGCAGCUCUUCCCAGCGCCAGUACCAACGCAGAGGCCGGUCCUUCAGCACCUCCAGCUCCAAGUGCCGCCGCAGCUGCAGCCGUCUUCAAGCGCUUGCACCCCGCGUCAUACCUCGCUCGAUACCUUGCCGAAGGGUAUCGCGCUGAUGGGCGCAAGGUGGGGGAAUGGCGGGACGUCAGUGUCAACGCUGGCUCAGUCUCGACAGCAGACGGAUCAGCGCUGGUGCGAAUGGGCGAUACGACCAUGGUCUGCGGGAUCAAGGCUGAGAUUGCCGAGCCUAGCUCUGCCGCACCGACUCACGGCUAUAUAGUACCAAAUAUCGACCUCCCCGCUCUCGCUUCGUCCCGCUUCAAACCUGGACCUCCCGGGGACGAGGCCCAGGUGUACUCGAAUUGCCUGAAUGAUGUGAUCGUCUCCUCACAAGUCCUCAAUCCCGCUUCUCUGUGCAUAUCCGCCGGUCACGCCGUAUGGGCACUGUAUAUCGACGUGGUCUGCAUCAACUAUGACGGGAAUGCGUUCGACGCGGCGGUUCUGGCUGUCAUGGCUGCUUUGCGAAAUACGAGACUGCCCAAAGCUGUUUACGACCCAAAUACCAACAAGACCACCUGUGUCCGAGGCGAGACUUACCCUCUGAGCCUUGGUCGUACACUAUUAGCUUGUACAUUCGGGAUAUUCCAAUCCAAAACCCUUCUGCCCGAUCCAUCCUCCUUCGAGACACCCCUCCUGCCCACAACCAUUACCAUAGCGCUCGAUGAGGAAGGGACAGCAUGUUUGGUGCGACAGGAGGGGUUGGGCGGGGUGGUAGGGAAGACGGGCAAGGAGGUAUUGGGCGACGCGUGGGGAGCAGCUGAAGACCGGUGCAGGGCACUGAGAGAAGUACUGAAGGAGAGCACAUAG